AUGUCGGCUCGUAACUAUUUAUCAGCCCGAGAGAAAAACAUAAUCGUCAAUAGAAACUUAGGGUUUUCCUUUAAAGCGCAACCCUUCUCCGAAGAAAGCCUAGAUAGAGUUAGCACACCAUUUUCCGACUUUUUUUCUGACAGUGAAACCGGCACUCCAGAUUUUAGAAGCGAAGAGAGCGACAGUAGUUCCGGUUCAGCUUUGCGAAGGAAUACUGAGGAGGCUACCAAAUCAUUAGAAGCAGAGUGGGAAAAAAUCGAAAGGACUUUAUACAAUGAAGAAGGGGAAAAAACAACCAGGCCUCUUAUGGUUGAAGAGUGUAAGCAAUGGAGGCAGUUACAUCCACAACUCAGAAUCCUUGGCAGGGGAAUACCUCUGCCAAAGAUUAGGUUAUGUAACAGACCAAUUGACCAUGAUGAGGUGAUUGCUAUGCACUACAGUGAUUAUGAGCAAUUUAGUGAAAGUGAGGAGCGUCUAUCACAGAGUAGCACAGAUGUUACUCCGCAAAACUCUCCAAGAGUGUUGGGUAUAGAAAACCCCUGUGAACCGAGGUUGUCACGGGAAAAAAUAACCAUUUACCCAAGGCAAGAUGACGAUUUGGAUUUUGGAGAUGCAUUCUCAUCCCUCUUGCAGAUCACCCCAAUUCAAAUACGGAGUCCAUAUAAAAAGAGACAAAGCCACUCUAUUUUGAGAUCUGAAUUGGCUUCUUCACGCUGGAUGCGAGGUUCCCGACCUGACUCAUCUGUAAACUGUGGUAGGAGCAGUGCAAAAUCAUUUGUUUCAUUGGACACUGGAAAGUAUAGCAAUAUUCUAUGUGGUUUGGAUGUAAAAAACGUAAAUGGCAGAGUAGUUACUGCAAGGCACAGGGAUAUGGGAAGGCUUGAACCAAUAUACACACCAGAACCUCCGCACACUGAUGUUAAUAAGGGUAAUGGGCCUAUGUAUUUGAAUAGGAAAGUGUCACUUCCGCCACUGUCAAUGGAGGAGGAAAGGCGUAAAAUUUCAUCAAUAGGCUCAGCACGGAAGCAAAUUGGAAAAACUAAGAAGAGUCAACAGAAAAAUAGUCUGUUGGACCGUGGAAAACACAACUGC